GAACCCCCCUUGCCUCGAGACUACAUCAUCGCCUUGUCCGAUGGCCGUCCUCGCGUGCUGUCGUCAUCUCUCAAUAGCUCAGACGGCGGUUUUCAGGUCUCAAUGACCCUGACAAAAUAGCCCUCCCGUCUUGCAAUACACCUUCCUCUCUUAACGCGGGACACCCAAAAACUCAACCCUUCUUUAACCACACAAUGUUAUUAAGCAUGGAUGUGAUGAAGAUGCGAGACUGGACCUAUCUGGAGGAUCCCCCCAAAGAUAUUGGUCCAGCUCGACAUAUUCUCGAGGUAUACAGCAAAAUUCCUUACAAUGACCUCGACGAUCACAUCCGCCGUGUUCGCGAGAAGGCCUGGUGCAUAUCCCGCUACCCCUUUGUUGGACGAUGGAAAUUUCUCUACAUCCCCGACCCCAAGGACCCUCGCUACCAGCAGGUCCUCUUCCGCCUCAACGUCGGCGGCUCAAGAGAUGUCCUACUCGACCUGGGCUGCGGAGUUGGACAGGUCAUCCGGCAGUUCCGUGCUGAUGGCGUGGAUGGCGCACAAUUAAUUGGCACAGACCUGCAAUCCAAGUUUAUCGACAUCGGCUACGACCUCUUUCAGGAUCGAGACCUGCUCGGUGCGACGUUUGUUGCAGGCGACAUGUUGGAUCCCGAGGACAAGGAGCUGGACACAUUACGCGGCAAGAUUACCCUCGUCCACGCCGGCAGCUUCUUCCACCUCUUCAAUUGGGUUCAACAACUGUACAUGGGGAAGCGUCUGGUUGAAUUUCUCAAGCCCGGGACGAGAAACGCGAUGAUAUAUGGCCGCCAAGUCGGGACGAACCAUCCCGGUCCCUCGUCUACCAGCAGUCGAUCUGCAUAUCUACAUGACCAAGCAAGCUUUCAACAGCUCUGGGAUGAAGUCGGUGCGAUGACAAAGACACGAUGGCAAGUUCAGCUCGAACCGACUGGAGAGCCAGUCUGUAAACUGCCCGGCUUUGGCAACAAUGCAUUCCCAGUCAACUUUACCAUUUACCAGGUCUCUUGAGAAGCGACAUUGAACGGCUUACUCGGAUGGAACGGCGCCUGUAUUACGACCCUGGCCUCGCCUCCUUUCUUUACGCCGUCCGUCAAUAUUUUUGACGACGCUGUGUCGCAUGCGAAGCUGGAACUCUAAUUCGACAGCGAGGAUCUCCACCAAUAUCCGUCAAGCGACUUGGCUCAAUUCGGCUGGCGGACAGGUCGACUUAAACUAGCGCCAACACUCAGGCUACAGGUCGGAUCCGCGAUAAAGAGGGCGGAAAAGACGGGGCAUGAACGAGCUGACGAAAUGCCUGGUUGGCCUGGACUCGACUUCGUCGACUCGCGAGUCAACAACUCUCAAUGCUUAUCGAUUUGAGUCCGGGGCGACACGUGCGAUGGCGUCCGCCUUCAGUCAACAUGAGCGACGAUCAAAGCUUCCCUCAGCUCUCGGGCGUACGGCUUUCCCCCCUUUGUUUUUAUUUCCGCGGACGAUGCGAUCCCCUGUCGAAUCUGGGUUGAUGAAACGCGACCUCGUCUACUAGAGGAGCAUCGAUGCGAUCCUGCAAGCGUGCUCCUGCGCGCGUUUGAUGAAAUGGCGAGAUUUCGUCGUUCUAACUUGCAAUAUUUAAUAAUGAGCCAUGCGCGUCAUGGACCUCGUGGCAUUCCCCCUUGGACGGCGUGGCAAACGCCGAGGGGGAACUACAGCUCGGCCAACACCAUCCCGAGAAGAGUUUGGCUGAAGGAGUAAAAUCAUGUGGCAUAAUUAAUGAUAGAUGAGGCGUUUGGGAACACGUGGGCGCUUGAUUUUGGGUUUGGAGCAUGUGUUUUCAUUGAUAGCGGCUUGCAUUGAUUGGCAUAGAACAGCGUCAUGCUGAAGACAUAGAAACGAUGAAUAGAAGAAAAGAAUGAUUUUUCGACCUCCUCAAA